CACCUGGUCACCAGGGCUGCUUUUAACUCUGGUAAAGUGGUCACUGUCGCCAUCAAUAAUCCCUUCAUUGACCUCAACUACAUGGUCUACAUGAUCCAGUAUGAUUCCAUCCAUGGCAAAUUCCAUGGCACUGUUAAGGCUGAGAAAGGGGAGCUUGUCAUCAAUGGAAAUCCCAUCACCAUCUUCCAGGAGCGAGAUCCCUCCAAAAUCAAGUGGGGUGAUGCUGGCGCUGAGUACGUGGUGGAUUCCACUGGCAUCUUCACCACCAUGGAGAAGGCUGGGGCUCACUUGCUGGGGGGAUCCAAAAGGGUCAUCAUAUCUGCCCCCUCGGCUGAUGCCCCCAUGUUCAUGAUGGGAGUGAACCAUGAGAAGUAUGACAAUAGCCACAAGAUCAUCAGCAAUGCCUCCUGCACCACCAACUGCUUAGUUCCCCUGGCCAAGGUCAUCCAUGACAACUUUGGUAUCGUGGAAGGACUCAUGACCACUGUCCACGCCAUCACUGCUACCCAGAAGACUGUGGAUGGUCCCUCCGGGAAACUGUGGCAUGAUGGCUGUGGGACUCUCCAAGACAUCAUCCCUGCCUCUACUGGCACUGCCAAGGUCGUGGGCAAGGUCAUCCCUGAGCUGAACGGGAAGCUCACUGGCAUGGCCUUCCAUGUACCCACUGCCAACGUGUCAGUGGUGGACCUGGCCUGCCAUCUGGAAAAGCCUGCCAGCUAUGAUGACAUCAAGAAGGUGGUGAAGCAGGCAUCGGAGGCCCCCCUUAAGGGCAUCCUGGGCUACACUGAGCACCAGGUGGUGUCCUCUGACUUCAACAGCAAAACCUAUUCUUCCACCUUCGAUGCUGGGGCUGGCAUUGCUCUCAACGACCACUUCAUCAAGCUCAUUUCCUGGUAUGACAAUGAAUUUGGCUACAGCAACAGGGUGGUGGACCUCAUGUCCCACAUGGCCUCCAAGGAGUAA